AUGUUGCUGCACGCGAUGAGAUCUUCGACCGCCCUGCUGCUGGUACUGACCGGCAUCAUCCAAGCCCUGCCCCUGCCCUUGUCUCCCGAGCUCGACCUCGCCGAAGACGUGCGUCGUGUCAAGAUCGAUUCGACUUCCGCCGCGCCCCUCGGGGACUGGAUCGCCUCCGCACAUCCGCUUGAGCCACCGACUCUGUCGCCAGUGCCGGCUCCUGACCUGGCCUCCGACCCACGUCCGUUCGUGAUCGAGGCGAUGCUUCCGCCGCGCGAGCCAGCGCCUGCCACACCGGUCAGGGAGAUUCAGGGUCGUUUCCCGCCUGGAGCACCAAGCCAUCCGCUCCACCGCGAGACGAGGACGAGCGGACGUCCAGCGACAACGUGGCUCAAGUCGAUCGCCAAAAAGGAGCCUGGUGGGGAAUCAAGCAAGGCCGACGGAACGGAUCGUACCCGCUGA